UCGGCGCAUCAACGGUCGGUCGAUCGAACGCGCGCGCGGGCCAGAGAGAGAGAGAGAGGUUGACGAUGCCCGUCACCGUGGCGUUCUCCGUUCCUCUACCUAAGCCUACUCACUCGGCCUUCGAAUUUCACCGGAACGGCGUCGCAAACCCUAGGAAAUGGCAGAUCAGAGCUUCCUCCGCUGCUCCUGGAGUCGACUUCACCACUCUCGAAUCCGCCAUUGCCAAGAAAGACAGUGAAGCUGUCAAAGAAGCACUUGAUCGGCUGAGUGAAGUUGGUUGGGCAAAAAAAUGGAGUUCUCAACCAUAUGUUUCACGUCGUAUGACCUCUCUUAGGGAGUUGACAACUCUUGGAAUUAAAAAUGCGGAAAACCUUGCAAUCCCGAGUGUUAGAAAUGAUGCAGCUUUUCUCUUUACAGUGGUAGGGACAACAAGCUUUCUGGGUGUUCUUGCCGGACAGCUUCCAGGGGAUUGGGGCUUCUUUUUGCCAUACUUGAUCGGGAGCAUUUCUUUAAUAGUUCUGGCUGUGGGAAGUAUUUCACCUGGGCUUCUUCAAGCUGCCAUUAGUGGAUUUUCAGCAUUUUUUCCUGAUUACCAGGAGAGGAUUGCUAGACAUGAAGCAGCUCAUUUCUUAGUUGGCUACUUGCUUGGCCUUCCUAUACUGGGAUAUUCUUUGGACAUUGGAAAGGAGCAUGUAAAUCUCAUUGAUGAAAAGCUGGAAAAGCUCAUAUACAGUGGACAGCUUGAUGCAAAGGAACUAGACAGGUUGGCAGUUGUAUCUAUGGCUGGAUUGGCAGCUGAAGGUCUCCAAUUUGAUAAAGUGGUCGGCCAAUCUGCUGAUCUCUUCACUCUUCAGAGAUUCAUCAACCGAAGCAAGCCGCAGCUUAGCAAAGAACAGCAGCAGAACCUUACCAGAUGGGCUGUUCUGUUUGCUGGGUCACUCCUCAAAAAUAACAAGGUCAUCCAUGAGGCCCUGAUGUCGGCAAUGUCAAGGAAGGCAACCGUGUUUGAGUGCAUCGAGACAAUUGAGAAGGCUGCGCUAUGAUUGAAGCCUCUUUGGAGCCCAAGAUGAUUGAAUUGCCAAGUAAUGUUCUUGUCUCUUCUUUUAGCCACUAAACGCCAUUUUUACACCUUCCGCCAUUGUUUGUCUGCACCACUAGAGAAACCAUCCAUGGAACAGAGAAAAUAUUAUUAGUACAGAUGCCCACAUCUUCUUUUACA